AUGUCCAGUGACACGGCACCACGCGUCAUCGAGGACUACCGCGGCGUCAUCCAGCUCCUCAGCGACGGCACCGUCGUCCGCUCCGACCCCGCCGUCCUCCGGCCGUCCGACGAGCACUUCCCUGACGUCCCGGGCGUCCAGUGGGAGGACGUCGUGUACGACGCCGCGCACGGCCUAAGCCUACGCGUGUACCGGCCGGCCGCGGCCACUGCCGGCGACGCCGCCAGGGCGAAGAAGAAGCUGCCGGUGCUCAUGUACUUCCACAGCGGCGGCUUCUGCCUCGGGACGUUCUCGCAGCCCAACUUCCACACCGGGUGCCUCCGCCUCGCGUCGGAGCUGCCCGCCGUCGUGCUCUCCGUCGACUACCGCCUCGGCCCCGAGCACCGCCUCCCCGCCGCCAUCAACGACGCCGCGGCCGCCCUGUCCUGGCUACGUGACCAGCACGCAACGGUCGUCAGCGUCGCGGGCGCCCAUCACCAUCCCUGGCUCGCCGAGUCGGCCGACUUCACCAGGGUGUUCGUGGCCGGAGAGUCGUCCGGCGCCAACAUGUCCCACCACGUCGCGGUGAGGCACGGGUCCGGCCAGCUCCCGCUCGCCCCGCUGCGCGUCGCCGGGCACGUCCUGUUGACGCCGUUCUUCAGCGGGGUCCAGCGCACCGCGGCUGAGGCCUCGCCGCCGCCAGCCGUCUCGCCGUCGUUCACGACCGAGAUGGCCGACACGAUGUGGCGCCUGUCGCUCCCCGUGGGCGCGACCAGGGACCACCCCGUGACAAACCCGUUCGGCCCCGACAGCCCCGCGCUGGGCACCGUGGUGUUCCCGCGGGUCCUCGUGGUGUCCGCCGGCCGCGACAUCCUCCACGAGCGCGUGCUGCGCUACGCGGCGAGGCUCGAGGAGAUGGAUAAGCCAGUGGAGGUCGCCGUCCUGGAGGGGCAGGAGCACGCCUUCUUCUCCCGCCAGCCGUGGGGCGAGGGGACCAACGAGACGAUCCGAGUCGUGAAGCGCUUUGUUUACAGAGAGAACGCCGCUACUAGUGCGGAAUAG